GCUGACUGGAAGAAGCAAAAGGGGGAAAAGAUAGCAAGAUAACAAGAUAACCAAUAUGGAACACUCCACAGUCAUUUUCGUGCUUACCUUAUUAAUUGCGUUUGUUUUUCUCAGGUGGUUAAUAACGCCCAUCCCUCCAAGUUUACCAUUUGAAACUACCUCAAAUGAAUCUACAGCGUCCAGUUCGGGAACUCGUAAUCCAGAGAACGGGGGAAGCACGGCUACUAAUCGUAGAAAUAGAAGAGAAGUGUCUGACUCCAUGAUUGAAGUUGUUCAGGCGAUUGCACCUCAAUUAACUCCUCAACAGAUUCGUUACGACUUGCAAAGAACUGGUUCAGUGGAAGUGACUAUUGAAAAUUUCAUGGAAACGGGUACUUUACCAUUCCCGCCGGGUGAAUCUCCAAACGUCCAUCUUGAUGAGGAUUUAGAAGGCCAUAAUCACGCUCCAACUUCCACUGCUGAUCCCAAUUUAAUUGCCAAAUAUCAUUUAGAAAGUAAGGUGAACGAAGAUGUUGAAGAUUCGCAAAAUAAAGGUAAAUGGGCUUCAAGUAAAGAAGAAAGAUCUGAUAUAUUAUCCAGAAGAAGAGAAGAAAUGAUCUUGAAAGCAAGAAAACGAUUAGCUUCUCAAUUACAAAAUGAAAUUUAAUUU